AUUGAUUAAAAAAUAGAUGAGACAUAAUCGAAAUAUUUUAAAAGCAGUACAAACGGGUACAAACCUAGUACAAACGAUGGUAGUAGUUCAUUUUGCGAGAAGUAAUCACCUGCCAGUUAUCUACAUAUUAAUAACAGAGGCCAAUCUCCAAGUGACAGAUAAUUGUUGACUAUUUUUAUUCCUUGUUUUCAUUAUCAAUGCUGUAUUCAGUUGUCCCCAAUCUCCCAACAUGACCAGUUUAUUUAUUUACACCAUAGGAUAUAUUUUAUUCGUUAGUGGUUUAAUUUAUCCACCCACAGAAUUUGUAUCUGCGGGUUUAACGAUUCCUGAACUGUUUUCACGUUGGUUAGGUAGCGAAUAUGAUGAAUUUAUCCAGUACCAUAUACAACGAAGUAUUGUUACAUUGUUUGUCCAUUCUUGGCUGCCUUUUGGCUACAUUUUUGGACUCCGUCUCCUGGGCCAUUUAGAUGCUGCCCAAGUGCUUCUUGGCACUGAAUAUCCACUCUGGUUGACCUUGUUCAUCUGUUCAAUCGUUGGACCAUUUUAUGCCAUUAUUUUGGUCGUCCAUUGGUCCAGGAAUCAGUUUUCAAAACAUCCCAUUGCUAAGGCCCUUGGGAUUUACUGCAAUGGAAGAGAAACGUGGUUGGACAUCGCUGCUGAUGUCAAUAGAGAGUACAAAAGUUUGGAUAAGCUCCAGAUACGAACAAAUAGCACAACGAAAAUUGUCGUGACUAAUACAUGGAUUAUGAAGGUGUCGGCAUACAAAUUGGAGAUCGCCAGCCAGAUAAAUUCUGUUCUGGUGGCUUACAACGUUAAUUCUUACUCGUCAACUCUGUCCCCAACUGACUCAGUGCAUUAUGUUAAAUACAGGAUAGUGGUAGCACAGCCCGGGGGAAAAAACUUUACGAUCAGAAUCAACGCCAGUGACGUUCAAAAUCUCCUAGGAGAAAUUACUAUGCCAACGAGAACUUUGUCCUCGGUUCAAUUGCCUCAGACUGUUACUGAAAUUGCUGUUUUCGCAAUUAAAGAGGAAGUUGCGAAAAAUCCAACGUAUAAAACAAAUCAACAACUGGAGCAGUGUGUUGUAUGUAUGCAAGCAACAUCAAACGUGAAAUUAAAUCGAAACUGUCCAGAUAUUCCAGAGAUGGAUGGUAUCCCUGCAUGUCGAAAUUGCAAUUGUAAGCCCAUAUUCUGCCUUGACUGUCUCGCAAAAUGGUUUAUCUCACGCUCUCAGCACAAGCUCAAACACGUCACAGAGAUGAAGAGCAGCUGUCCCCAGUGUAGGUCGCCCUUCUGCCUCCAGGACGUGAGCCUAGUCGUCUCGGAAUCUCCAAACACAACACCUGCCUCUCAGGAGACUCGAUAACUUCUCCAACUCAUCCUCUCCAAUCGUGUAAAUAAUAAAAUAUCAUUCCAAAUUUUA